AAUAUCUGCCGCCCGAAACUCAAAAUGGUUGCCAAUGGACUGGCUCGGCCGGAUGCGCUCGGGUUAAAUGAAGUUCUAUCCACGUCACACCACGCCUUCCUCCAACCAUCCCGAGACAUAUACGACACCGCACUCAACGAGGCACGAGCGUACAUCGACCCACUAGCAUCGGCAAUAAGCGCUGCUCAGCAGGAACGAGAGAAGCAAUAUUACGCCGAGAAGAAGAAGAGGAAACGAGGGGAAUAUGAGGAUGCGGAAGCACCCCAUGAUGUGCUGCGUAUGAAGCGCAUCCAUGUCGACGGCUUCGAUGUCGAGCAGAUAUGGGGUCAAGCUCAACGAGUUUUGAAGGCUGCGGCGGAUGAAUGCGAAAAGGACAUUGAAAAAUUGGAGCAAGAUGCUGAGCUGCAUGGUGAUAUGGACGCAACUCUCGAUGGCAUGGGAAGCAGUGGCGAAGACGAGGAGAUGUUCAGCGACAAUGUUCUUGAGGAUGGCGUUGAGAGCGGUUCGGAUGAAUUGUCCGAUGACCUGCUCGAGGACGUCGAAGAAGAAGACGAGGCCGAAGAGGUGGACGAUCUAGAGGACGAGGAUGUCUCUGAAGAUGAUGAAGAGGACCGGGCAAUGUAUGGUAUUGACGAAGACGAGGACGGUGAAGCUGGGGAGGCUGACGGUGCCGGUGGCAAUGCCUACGAAGAAGACCCCAAUGGAUUGAAUGAUGGUUUCUUCUCCAUCGAAGACUUUAACAGGAACUCGGCAUUCCUUGAACGACAAGAUGCUCGCGCAGACCCAGAUGAUGGUGCCGCUAGCGACGAAGAAGAGGUUGACUGGGCGGCCGACCCUCUCUCUCAGCCUCUUCCAAAGCAAAUCAAAGGAGACGGGUCCGACGCAGAGGAUGACGAGGAUGCAGAGGGGGAUGAGGGCUCCGAGGAAGGAGAAGAUGAUGAUUCCGAAACUGGCCCUACUUUUGGCAACGUCGACCUCUACGCACCCGAGGGCGCGAGCGAGGAUGAAGAUGAAGUGGAGCAAGAUGAAAUGGAGGGUAUGGAUGAUCUAUCGAAUACGAACAACAUCAUGUACAGCGACUUCUUCGCACCACCUCCGAAGAAGUCCAAGAACAAGCGUGGCCGACCGCACCCACACAACUUCCCGGCGAAAGAUCCAAAGAAUCAGGGUACUGCAAAAGCUAGCCUACAAGGCGAGGAGGACGAUGUGAAACGCGCCAUGUCUGCGGUGCAUCGAGAUCUCUUCUCCGAUUCGGACGAAGCGUCCGAUGCCUCUGAUGCGGAAGCACUCGACCCUGCCGAUCCGGUGUCAAGACGUAGCGUGCACGAGCGUCGCCAAGCUCAAAUCCUUACAGAAAUUCGCAAGCUUGAGGCUGAGAACGUGACAAAGCGGUCAUGGCAGCUUUCCGGUGAGGCCAAGGCAGCUGCCCGACCCAUGAACAGCUUGCUCGAGGAAGAUCUGGACUUUGAGCGGGCGGGAAAACCAGUUCCUGUGAUCACUGCUGAAACUACCGAGGAAAUCGAGGCGCUAAUCAAACGGCGUAUCCUUGCUGCAGAGUUUGACGAAGUCAUUCGCCGAAGGCCCGAGGACAUGAUGGGUCCAUCGGUGCGAAGAGGGCGGUUGGAGAACGUCGACCAAACAAAGGAUAAGAAGGGUCUUGGAGAGUUGUACGAAGAGGAACACUUACGCAACACGGACCCCAACUUCGUCGACGCCAAGGAUGAAUCCCUCAAGAAGCAGCAUACGGAGAUCCAGACCCUAUGGAAAGAUGUCAGCUCCAAACUUGACUCGCUCUCAAGUUGGCACUACCGCCCCAAGGCACCCGAACCCCAAAUCGAAGUGCGUGUCGACGCGCCCACCAUUUCCAUGGAAGACGCCCGACCUUCCGGAGAAGUUGGAGCGAGUAUGCUGGCACCGCAGGAGGUCUACAAGGCUGGCGAGGCGGCGAAUAACGCCAAGGAUUUCGAGGAGGUGGCGACACGCGGUGGUAUGCCGAUCGUGAAGAGUGAGAUGAGCCGCGAGGAGAAGAAGCGGCGACGGAUGCGGGAGAAGGAGCGGGCGAAGAAAGCGGGCGCAAAUCCUGUCGUCAACGGCAAGGUGAAGGCGCGGAAGGAAAAGGAAGGGCAGAUGUUGGGGUCGUUGAAGCAGGCGGGUGUCAAGGUCAUUGGCAAGAAGGGCGAGUUGAGAGAUGUCUCGGGGAAAGCGGUUGCGGAAGAUGCGCCGAGGCCGAAUCCAUCGGGGUGGAAGCUUUGAAAAUCGGCGCGUAUACCCACACAGCUCUUUGUAUAUUCACUUGGUUGUUACCGUGCAUAUGGAUUUUUCUUUCGGUCUCGUCCUCAUUCGUGACUUCGUGUUCAUACAAACAACCACGAUCCAUACAACGUGGGUAAUUCUUUGGCUAGAAUUUGGAUCGCGAUACGAUACAGCAGACCCCAAUCACCAUCUUGAUGUCAU